GUUUGCAGAAGAAAGGGUCAAUUAUAGGUAACUACUUACUGCAAGACAAGCUACUGAAAAGACAGCUGAGCUCAUCUGAUGAGUUGGAGCAGGACAAAGACACAGAGAUCACAAACUCAUCAAAGAGACACCAACCUUCAUGUAGAGUCAGUGGUGAAAAUGUUGAACAGGUACAAACUCAGACAACAAUUGUGAGUCCUCAGCGAGUGUUCAAGGUGGUAUUCCUGGGUAACUCAGGCGUUGGUAAGAGCUCCUUCAUCCAGCACUACUGCACAGGAAACUUCUACAGUAAAAUGAACGCUACUGUCGGUAUCGAUUUCCAGAUGAAGACUUUAACUCUGGGCUCCACCAUCAUCACCCUGCAGCUGUGGGAUACUGCAGGACAGGAGAGGUUUCGCAGCAUCACCGAGCAGUACUACCGCAAGGCUGAUGGUAUCCUUGCAAUGUAUGACAUAACUCAAUCCUCCUCCCUCACUGCUGUGAGAUCAUGGAUGGACUCUGUGAAGGAAAAGAUGUGUGAAGAUGCGGUUCUGAUGCUGCUGGCGAACAAGCUGGACCUGGAAGACAGCAGAGAAGUGAAAACAGGGGAAGGGCAGAGACUAGCAGAUGAGCACCAAGCUUUGUUUUACGAAUGCAGUGCCAAAACUGGAUGUAAUGUGGAGGAGCUGAUGACUCAUCUUGCUGGGAUGUUAGUCUCCCAGGAUGAUCGACAAUGUGAAGAUGCACUUUUACUGACUCAGGGCAUCGCCAAAAGAGGCUGCUGCACAUAAACAGAGGAUGAAAGGCUUUUGAAAAGACUUUUAACUAUAAGCUCCCAGGCCCAAGUCCAAAGGUCACGUAAAUCAUUUCAUCAAGACACAAACAGCAGCAUU